AGGCAGACUCUUUGGGCUUUAGCUAAGGCAAUUUCACUUUCUUUCCAGAAAUUGCAGUUGACAAAAGUUGGAGCCAGUGUAGAAAGAAGAUUACCCUAAAGGGAGGCAAAAGGUGAAAGAGAAGUUAUAAGAUAAAGAGGGGCCACUUUGAAAUGUUCCAAGUACAUUGGCAGAACAAAAUCAUCAAGCAGACAACCAUUUGAGUAAAUUGGAGAGCAAAGGUGGAGAUAAAGAAAGGCUUCCCCUCUUAGUGAUGGAUUUAUCAUCUUGUGCCUCGUGUGGAAUAUCCAAAAAUGUUUUUAACCUUUCCAGGACUGGAAACAUUUCUAGUUCAUGCGAAGAAUGUGGAGCAAAACCUCCAAAUAAAGAAAGUAUUUGUCAGUCAAAUACAAAACUAACAAGCACAAUGAGUCCUGAAAUUCUACAGAAAUCCCCAAGAAAAGUAUGCACAAUUCAAGGUAAAGGGAAGUCCCCAUGCACAGCAACUGUAGCGAGGACUGACUCAUCAGAUCAAAAUAAACGUUUUGCAUGUGAUACAUGUGGUAAAAGGUUCAAAGUUAGGGGACAACUUAUUAUGCAUCAUGUAGUUCAUACUGGGGAAAAGAAAUAUGAAUGUCAUGUUUGUAAAAAAAAGUUUGCCUACAAAAGUUCCUUGACUGAUCAUGUUAAGGUUCAUAGUGCUAGUACAAGACAAAAAUUUCCAUGUGAUGGCUGCCAGAAAAUAUUCUUGCAUAAGACAUAUCUUGUAAAACAUAAACGUCAGUUUUGCAGUGCUAAUGAGGAAAAAAGAGAGACGGUGAAGAAGGGAGAAGAAACUUAUUAUAAUCAUGGAGUGCCUUUGCCAUCUGGUGAAAAAGGUUACCUGUGCCUAAUUUGUGGAAAGCAGUAUGUUAAUAGAUAUAACUUAAGAGAUCACAUCAGAUUUCAUACAAGAGAAAGUGUUAAUAAAUGUGAGUAUUGUGGCAAAGAAUUCCAGAAAAAAAGUCAUCUUGCUAUUCAUACCACAAUACAUACUGGUGACAAGAAGUACCUUUGUAGUGUUUGUGGGAAACGGUUUUCUCAGAAGAGUCACCUUCGUGCUCACAUGAGAAGUCACACAGGUGAGAAAAAAUUUGCCUGCGGAGAAUGUGGCAAAUCAUUUGGUAUUAAAGCUGAGGUUCGGAGACACAUGAUAAAGCAUACAGGAGAUGAUAGAGACAAAUAUUUAUGUGAGGUCUGUGGGAAACAGCUGGUUGAUAAAUAUUCUUUUAUUAACCAUCAGAAUUCCCACAAAAAAGGAAGGAAACGUAAGAAAAAAGGAGUCAAAAAAAUUUCUAGAAAUGAACGUGUGAAAUGUGACAUUUGUAAGAUAUUCACUGAAAGAAAAUUGUUUGCUGAGCAUUACAAACAUCACCAAAAGCAAGAUAUCCUUGAGCCAUGUUCUUUGUUCGUAGUAGAACCAAAAACUGAAAUUUUAUCUGAUGAACUGACUGCAAUUGCUGAAGGUAAAGAAUGGACACCUUUUAAUGACUCGACAGGUAGUACAGACUGCCUGAAGAAUGAUGUCCAGUAUGAUGAAGGUGAGGAAGAUUCACUUCUUGACACCUCUUUUCAUGUUAAGAAGGAAGAGGAUCAAAUGAAUUAAUAUAUUUGUUUCAGAUUUUUCAAAAACUGGAGUGAUAAAGUGCCAAUCAAAGAAUACGAACAGUAUUGAUAUUGCAAUAUGCAGAAGGUAGUAGUGCAGUAUUUAUCUUUGCAUGUUAAAAUGAAUAGAAGAGAAGGAAAAGCAGUGCAUACGUAUUACUGUUUGUAAUUUCAUCAAGAAAAUAUGGGCUUAACUAGGCAGUAACUUGUGGUGACAGUGAAAUUUGUAUGUUUUUAGCAGUAAUAAGUAGUGUCUCAAAGAGGGCAACAUAUUUAUUUUGCUUUAUCCAACUUUGGUGAGUGAUUUUCCACCAAUGAUCAAACCAAUAUUGUAAUAACGUAAUGUGUGUUUUAUAAUUAAAUUUCGUUUGAAAUCAUUAAAUAUUAAUAGUACAUCAGGACACAGCUUUGUCCUACAUAUUAAUGAAUGACCUGUUGUAAGAGAGUAAAAUACUACGAAAACAAUUACUUUAUUUGUAUGCUAGAUUACAAGAGUAUCCUAUUUUCAAGGCCAAUAGUGAUGUCCACAAGUCUGUCUUAAGUCAAGUCUGUCGUAAGGCAUGAAAAUACUGGACUGUUUACCAAGGACUUCAUGAUUAAACAGACCCCAUACAGCCAUAUUGUGUAUGAGAAAGCUCUGAGUGGAGUGGACAAUCACUGCUUAAGAGCAUGUUUUUUUAUUUCUAAACACUAAAUUACUAUGGGUGGAUGGAUAAGGAUCUUAGUACAUACAUUGUUUGUCUAAGGCCAACUACGACUUCAUGAUAGACGCUCUCUAAUAAUGACUUAAAUCAACAUAAGUAAAGUAAUUCCACCCUCUUUAUCUGCAACUGUGAUGAUGCAAAGUACUGUACAAGUAGAGAGUUUAAGUCACUUCUAAGAAGUUUGUAUUAGUAUCCUUUGAAAAAUUAUAAGGGAGAUAUUUUAAACAUACAGUAGCAGAUUAGGAGAAGGAUGAUUUCAAUUUGGCUAACUAGAAUUAAGAAUGAGUUAUUUCUGUUAAUUUGCUUUUUAUCUUGGCUAACUAGAAUUAAGAAUGAGUCAUUUCUGUUAAUUAGCUUUUUAGAGUAUCAUUUUAAUUCUUUGGGAAAUCUAAAAACUCAUUGCUUCAUUCUAACUUUCAGCAAAAUUCUCUUAUCUCAUAUGGCAGUGAUUAUAUAACGUCACCAUGUGUAAAAAUCAGUAUCUUAAUCAUGAUAUGCCUAUGUGCAUGAACCAUCUCCACAAUCAGUAAUACAGAUUUCAUGGGAUGGAAAAAGCUAAAAUUUGUGUUAGAGUCCAAUUCAAUAUCUUGAGACAAAGGUCAGUAUUAAUUUCUGAUAUCUUUAUAACAGUGAAGUGUUAUUUAAUUGUAUUUCAUUUAGCACAAAAUUUUAGCCCACACUGCAUGCAGCUAUGAUACUGGAAGGUGGUAAGAGGUUUGAAAACUCACUGACGGUAGGCUUUCAUAUGAUAGAAAGCUCUUCUAGCACUAGGUUCAGUACAUAACCUUCAAUAUAGUAUGCACUGUAUAUGUGGGAGACAUAAAUUGAUACAAUGCCUUAAUGCAGAUGUAAUCAGAACAAAUGCACCUGAGAUAAGCCACUUAGUGUUGUCUUUACAUGACAAAUUUUAUUACCAGUGUCCUAACAAAGUAGUUAAGUCCAUUUAUAUCGGACUUGGCUUAAUAAGGAUUAAAGAAUAUAAAGGAAGUGGCAACAAAGUACCUAUGUACCUGAAACCUCUUUAAAAUUGCUUUUACCUUUUUAUUUUUAUCCUUGAAUGGAACCAUGGGAGAUUUUUCAGAGCAAUCUGGACGUACGUAUGUCCAAUCUUAGCUGAGCAGUCACUUGAGGGACUUGUGAGCAGUCUUGAGAGUAAAAUAAAGGUGCUAGCUGUCUAAAAAUAGUCUGUUUUGAAAGUGGAAAUAUAUUAGUCAUCUGUUUGUGUGCGUGUGUGAGAUUAUUAAUAUAUACAGUAGUACAGGCCAUUGAUAAAUGUAUCGUAGAUAGUAUGUUUAGUUAUAGUUAUUUGUCCUUCCUCAGGUAAAAAUGAAAGCAUAAAUUAAAGAUGGACCACUUUCCAAUGCUGAGGAUAUGUUCCACAACAUGAUCUACUUCUAGAUGUCCAUUUAAGUAGCUUGUAGGUUGGAAGUAGAAGAUAAGGAAAAAUCUCCUCAGUUAGUGAUGGAUUCUUUUUCUUGUGCCUCAUGUGAAAGAAUAUCUGGGGAUCUUUCAGACUCCUUAGAGAAGGUGAACAUUGCUAGUUUAUGCCAGGAAUGUGGAAGGAAACCUCCGAGGAAAGUGAGCAUUGUUCAUACAAAAGAGAAAUUUCCACAUGAAGUGAGCCUCGUUCAAGGUGAUGAGAAAUUCCCAAGGAACUUGGAUGUGGUUCAAAGUAAGGAUAAGUCUUCAAGUACAGCUACCUUGACUCACACUGAAUCAUUCGACAAUGAUAAACGUUUUGCAUGUGAUACAUGCGGUAAGAAAUUCACUGAAAAAUACAACCUUGUUGUACAUUUUAGAAUUCAUACUGGGGAAAAAGACUAUGCUUGUAAUGUAUGUGGAAAGAAGUUUCGUCAUAAAAACACACUGAAAUGUCACUUACGAGUCCACACAGGGGAGAAAAAUUAUGAAUGUCACAUUUGCAAAAAGAAAUUCACUUAUAAAAGUGGCCUAAGAGAUCACUUGAGUCUCCAUAGUGCAAGUACUGGGCAAAAAUUUCCUUGUGAGGUUUGCCAAAAGUUAUUCAUAACCAAGAGAUAUCUUGUCAGACACAAACGUCGUAAUGCAUGCAGUGCUGAAGACAGAGUAAGCAACUGUAGAAAGAAGGUUGAUUGGAAGGAAACAUUUGCUAAGUGUGUAAUGCCCAUGCCUUCUGGAAGAAAAGGGUAUAUAUGUCUGAUUUGUGGCAAGCAAUAUCUUCAGAGAAGUUGUAUGAGAAAUCACAUACGGUUUCAUACCAGAGAAAAUGUGUAUAAAUGUGAGUACUGUGGUAAAGAGUUCCAGGAAAAAAAGUAUCUUAGAAUUCAUAUCACUAUUCAUACUGGUGACAGGCAACACCUCUGCACUGUUUGUGGGAAAAGGUAUUCUCAGAACAGUCACCUUCGGGCUCAUAUGAGAAAUCACACAGGUGAGAAAAAAUUUCACUGCGGAGAAUGUGGUGAAUCAUUUGGUCUAAAAGCUGAGUUGAGGAGACACAUGUUAAAGCACACAGGAGAUGAUGGAGAUAUAUGCUUAUGUGAGAUUUGUGGAAAACAGUAUGUUGAUAAGUACUCAUUUGCUAGACACAAGAAAAGUCACAAAGUUGAACAGAAAUGUUUGAGAAGUGAGGGAGGUUGUAAAAAGGUUUUGGAAAAUGACCUUGUGAAAUAUGAUAUUUGUGAGAUGUUUACCGAAAAAAGAUUGGUAGCUGAGCAUCGCAAACAUCACUCAAAACAAGAACUUAAGCCCUGUGCUUUGAGAAUUGUAAAAUCAGAAUUUAUAUCAGGAGACUUUAUUCCGAAUGAUAAAGGAUUAACUUUUAAUGAUUUGACAGAUAGUACUGAUUAUAUUAAGACUGAAGCCCAGUACAGUGAUGAUGAGAAUUUGCUUUUUGAAAAUUCAUACCAAGUUAAAGUGGAAGAGGAGGAUGAGCUAGGCUAAUAUUUCCAUCCAUACAAUUUCAAAGAUUAAGUGAUGCUCACUGCAUCAUCACAGAUGAUGCCGUAAGCAGAAAUGACUUGUACAUACUGAUGUCUGUUUCUCUUCAUACUCCUCUGUAUGGAUCACAUCCAUAAUCUGGCUGUCUUUCUCUGUGUUACAUAGUAAAUAAGUGGUCUGCCAUUUACUAUAAAUAGUCUUUAGGGUUGGCCAUUUAGCUAAUAACUGGACCCUAUUAUGAAAUACAUACCCUUGUAUUGUGUAUUUUGUUUGGGAUAUGUGGUUCAUUUUCUAUCAUAGUUCAUUUGUUAUGCCUUAAAAUUAUUACUUUCAGGAUGCUGUAAUGUGAUACAGCUAAUGUAAAGUAUCCUAGAAACAGUGAAAUGAUAGUAUUUGUCCUUUCUCAGGUUAAAUCAUGGUGUAGUGGAACUCAAAUGCAGUUGUAAGAUGAGUGAUACAGGCUUUGAAGAAAAAGUGGCUCUUCAGACAAAGAAGGAAAGCAUUUCAUGCUGUGUGUGCCAAAAACUGUCAAAUGAAGAUCAUACAGAAUCUGUUGAUGUUUUAGACUCUAAGGACUCAGCAUGUGUGGAGUGUGGGAGGAAGCCCAUGAGUAAAAUUACCAUCACUCAACCCAAGCCACUUGAUGUGGAGAAAUUCACAUGUGACACAUGUGGGAAACAUUUUGCUAGGAAAGAUAACUUGGUCAUUCAUUUUAGAGUCCAUACGGGAGAAAAAGAUUUUGCAUGUGAAGUUUGUGGGAAGAAGUUUGCUCAUAAAUCAACUUUAAAAGUUCAUUACAGACUCCAUACUGGUGAAAAGAACUAUGCAUGUGAAAUAUGUGGCAGGAAAUUUACACACAAAAGUAAUCUCACUUCUCAUAUCAAAACACAUACAAAUAACAAACAUAGGAGUAAUGGACCUUAUGUUUGUGAAGAAUGUGGAAAAGUAUUUCACUAUCAUAUUGGUCUUUAUAGCCACAGGAGACUCCAUGGGAAAGGAAAAAGGAGCUAUAUGAAAGAAGAUGUUGAUAAAUAUAUUGAGACCCAAUCGCAUUCUGAAGGAGUGAUUUUUAUGUGUACUCUCUGCAAGAAGACAUAUAUAACACAGUUGGUUAUAAGGAGGCAUUUAAGAUACGUACAUUUUCGGGGUAGGCGCUUUGUGUGUGAAUACUGUGGCAAGACAUUUCGAGAGAAUCGGCACCUUGCUAUUCAUACCACUAUUCACACAGGUGAUCGGAAAUUUGUUUGUGGGGACUGUGGUCAACGGUUUUCCCAGAAGAGCCACCUGCGUGUGCAUGCUAAGCUUCACACAGGUGAAAAGGACUUUGUCUGUGAAGAAUGUGGCAAAAGAUUCACCACCAAAAGUGAAAAGAGGUAUCAUGUAAUGACACAUACUGGGGAAAAGAAUUUUGCCUGUGAAGACUGUGGGAGACGGUUCACAAAGAAAAGCUCUCUUGGCUGGCAUUACAAAACUUACACACACAGAAAUACCAAGCAAGUUAAGAGUCAUGCUCAUAGUGAAAUGACUGAUGAAACUAAAUUCUUGAGCUGUAAUGUAUGCCAAGAAAAGUUUAUUGAUCCGAUUGCAUUACUUGAUCAUAGUGCAUGCCAUGAAACAAAGGACCUGAAUGUUCCCAGUGCUUUUGCGAAAAGUAGCUUGGGUGAUGUUAUUAAAGAUACCAUAACAGAAGCUCAGAAAAUUGAAAGUGUCAUUAAUGAAAUAGUACUCCCAUCAACAGCUUUGACUGAUGAAACUUGUUUUAUAAAAAUGGAAGAGCUGUGAAGAGGCUACAUGUGGAGGCAAUGAUGACAAUUCUAUUAAUGAAGUGUAUAUCACAGGGUGUCGAGAAUAAAAUGGAAUAGUUAUACCCUAUUUAGAGAGGAAAAUGAAGAUGGAAAGAGUGAUGGUUUUACAUCCAAAUAGAUUUACUGCAGUAAGAAAAAAAAUACAGGUAAACCUGUAAUAAGAUGAUUCAAGACAUUAUGUAUGCUUUUGAUAAAAAUUAUUGUGCUAUGACUGUUCAAUCUGGUUUGUGUAUGUGUACAUGUAUUGAAUGAUAAUUUUCUUCCUCAUUUUUUGGGCUUUUUAUUUUUGUGAUAAGUAGCAUUACACUUCUUGUAAGCAACAGCACAUAGGGGCUGACACUCAUUUAACAGUUUCAUUGACUAUUAAUGAUGUCCUGUAGAUGGAAGAUAUCAAACUUGUUUUCCUUAGUAGUACAAGACGAUGAAGCUGAAUGGGGUCUGGACUCUCCAAUUUCCUUUCUUUUUGAAUUUUGUUUUUUCCCACCAACAACCAAGAGUGAUUUUUUUCUAGUCUGACUAUGUUUCCAUAUUUAACUAUAGUACAUACUUAUAGAUUGAUUGAGAAUUAUGUAAAUAUGGUUAGUCUUUGCUUACAGUGGAAACUCUGCAAAGCUUGCUCUUUGCCUACCUACUUAUUGAGGAAAUUGGUACAUAGUUAUAUGAGUGUGGUCAUACAAUUUUACAGUGGUCUGAGUUUUUACACUGUCUGGUCCUUUAACUUGUACUGGUACCCAGAGAAUUUGAUUAUACUUAGGAAUUCUAAUGAAAUUCCAUAAUAACUUAAUCUUUGUCUAUGACUCCUGAUGAAUAUUAAACAAAUAGUUAGAUAUUAACUUGAAAGUCUGUGAAAUCACUUGCGACAGCAUUCGUCUUUUGCUCAGAGAUGUAUUAUCUUAUUUCUGUUUUUCACACCAGAUUUUUCUGUGAAAAUAUUGUAUGGAUAGAUACAAAGAGGUUAGAGACAAGUUUGUAAGGCUCUUUUGUGUUACUCUGAUUCUGUGAACUGCAAUCCACUGUAAUAUAAAUGGUUGGGGAGACAGUGCCCAGGACCUAAGUUUUUUUAGGACAAGGUUACAGAAGGUUGUGGUGUUUCCGAGGAGGUGCAUGAGACAUUGUAAGUUGCACACACCAUGACCAGUAAUGCUUAACAUUACUUCUGCUGUUAUAACUGGAUGAAAACUAAUUUAUUUACAUAUUUACAACAUUACACAAAUAAAAAAAAAUUGAAGAACUUUGCUUUGCUACUAAGCCUUUUUAAAAGGCUCAUUUUCAAACUGUUAUAGUUUCCAAAGUUUACUGGUUAAUGUAGAAAGGUAGUUUAAAAAGAAGUAAACAGUAUUUGGCACUAUUACUGCACAGCAAUUUAAAUGUAACAAAAAUUAAAGAAAAAUGAACUAUAAGUAUUUCUAAUGUUCUUGUUGGUUGGUACUGUUGUGUUACAGAUUGUGCUUUAAGUUUUUGAAUGCAUUUGUAUUUUACCUUAGAAGUAUGUAAUUAUCACAUACUGUAACUCAUAAGGUAUCUCUCUUCCUAUUUUGUAAAUAGUCCACAAUAUGAUAUACUGACAGCUUCUGGUGUACUAUAUCUUGGAUCUCAUACAUUAUCAGUAAGGUCUUAGGUUUCUCAGUAAAAAUAGAAUUGUUAUCUGGAGGUCCAGUACUUUUUACUGGAAUGCAAUACCACUGCUAACAGAUCACCAGUACUGAUGGAAAAACUUAACACUCUUCUUUUUAUUGUUAAAUACCAUGCAACAAUAAAUUGUUCUUCCUUCCUCCAAUACAUUUUAUGUAACACAAUAUAUCCUUUAUGUUUUCACUGAAUACAACAUUGAUUUUCCUUACUUUCUGUGCAAAAAAAAAAAAAAAAUAGGACAAUUCCAAUCGGGAGAUAUACGUACUGUGCAACAUUUCAACUCAAAGAACGUUGUCCUAGAGUGUAGAGUUGAUGUUAACUCUAAUUUCUCUGUUGUUCCUACUCUUGUAUGGUAUUAAUAAAAAAUUUAAAGGCAAAUA